AUGUCACAGAAGUUCGAACAUAUCCCAAAGAUUUCACAAGUUCAAUCACCGGUGGGUGGUGUUCCGGAUGGAACAACAUAUUCCGUUACUCUCAAUGGUGCUUCUGUUCCAACAUGUCACCAAAAAACAUCAAUUUCUUGUGAGCUCACAGGAUUAGCUCUUGGAACCAAAGACAUUUUAUCGAUGACUACCAGGUCAGUUUCAUUCAACUAUUCGAGCACAAGUGGUGUUCCGAAUGAAACUACAACAUACAGUAUCACUAUCAACAAUAAUCUAAGAGAUACCUGUGAAAUCCAGAUCUUACCUUUUACACUGUUAGUUUCAAUGGAACUGUAUCGGAUACUUGCUAAAAUACUCGUACCAAGUAUUGCUACUAAAGUUCUUUUAGAUACUACUUCUGUUUUCAAUGAUACUGCAACCUAUGAUGCAUCACAAACUACAGUAAUUAUUACUGGUGCUGUAGUUGGAAGUGUUGUAUUUGUUGCUGUGGUUGUUUCUGCGGUACUAUUGGCAAAGAAGUAUCACUCUCAUAGAUUCUUUAGAAAGAUUUCACUAAAAGAAACCUAUAGUUUACCCAGUCUUCAUUGA